UCUGAGCAGCUUCUCAGAACAGAAAAAGAAAAGAAAAACCAGCACCGCUCCAAAGCACACUUGAAGGAUUUGAAAAAGGAUUCCCAGUUUAAAAGCAUUACUGUGGCCCUUUAAGACUCAUGUACCUAGGAUUUCCAAGGGGAGUCAUGGGCAAGGCAGUUUUGGCAUGAAUACUUUGCAGUUUUGGGUGAGCUAGGAACCGAGUGUUAUCGCCCUGCAAUUCUUCCGGAGAAAGAAGCUGUGAGUGCUGUGCUGCGUUUGAAAGAUCGCAGUUCUUAACCAAAGGAACAUAUGGCUCUCUUAAGGAAAAUUAAUCAGAUCUUAUUAUUCCUACUUGUUUUGACCAUCUGUGUCAUUCUGUAUAAUAAAGUUCACAAGGUGCCAUCUACAUUAAAUAAUGAAACAAUUGAUUUGGAGAGUCCUGAGGAAAUGGAAGAAGAAAUUCCAGUGGUGAUAUGUGCUGCUGCAGGAAGAAUGGGUGCAGCGGUAGCAGCAAUUAGUAGCAUCUACAGCAACACCGAUGCUAAUGUUUUGUUCUACAUAGUUGGCCUGAAGAACACAAUUCCACAUAUCAGAAAAUGGAUUGAAAAUUCCAAACUGAAAGAAAUAAAGUAUAAAACGGUGGAGUUCAACCCUAUGAUACUAAAAGGAAAAAUAAGACCAGAUGCAUCACGCCCUGAGUUACUCCAGCCUCUGAACUUCGUUCGAUAUUAUCUCCCCCUGCUUAUCCACAAAUAUGAGAAAGUCAUAUAUUUGGAUGAUGAUGUGAUUGUGCAAGGUGACAUCCAGGAACUGUACAACACAUAGCUAGCUCCAGGCCAUGCUGCAGCUUUUUCUGACGACUGUGAUUUGCCGUCUACUCAUGAAAUGGUGAGAAGUGUAGGAAUGCAGAACACAUACAUGGGAUAUCUGGACUACCGGAAACAAACAAUUAGAGAUCUUGGCAUCAGCCCCAGCACCUGCUCCUUUAAUCCUGGUGUAAUUGUGGCUAAUAUGACAGAAUGGAAGCACCAGCGGAUUACAAAGCAAUUAGAAAAAUGGAUGCAAAGAAAUGUAGAAGAAAACCUCUACAGCAGCACCCUUGGGGGAGGUGUGGCCAUCUCUCCAAUGCUCAUUGUAUUCCAUGGAAAAUAUUCUACUAUUAAUCCCUUGUGGCAUGUCCGACAUCUUGGGUGGAGUCCCGAUGCCAGGUAUUCAGAGCAUUUUCUUCAAGAAGCUAAAUUACUUCAUUGGAAUGGAAGGUAUAAGCCUUGGGAUUACCCUAGUGUUCAUAAUGACCUAUGGGAAAACUGGUUUAUCCCUGACCCAUCAGGGAAGUUCAAAAUGAUUCGUCCCAAUAGCUGAUACUGAAAGACAUCUAAAAUGUUUAUGCUUUUAAAAAUAAAUCAGUUUCCAGCAAUAUCAUAAUGGAUUAUUCUAUAUUAUACUUUUCAAUACAGUUUAUCUUCUGUGUAAUAUAUGAUAACUAUUGUGUAAAACUGUAUGUGUAACUGAUUUUACAAAAGUAACCCUAAGUAUUUAAGCUUUACCCUAAAAAUAAACUUGUGCUGGUAUAGGGGGUAAUACAUACAAACUUCAGAUUAGCUUGAGUUUCUAGUAAUACUGUGAGAUUUUAGUUUACUUGAUUAAAAACAUUUUAAGAUGUUUACAAAGAUGAAAAUUAGGACUAAACAGAAUGGGUUUCAAUGCAAUGUCUUGUAUCCUCUAAAGAAGGUUCUAGUUGCUUGCUGAAUCUAUACCAGCAGUACUUAGUGUUGAGUACAAGAUGUUUUAGCUUUUUUAGUCCAGUUUUUUUAAGCAGCAUUAAACCAAAAUGAAACAUUUCAUAGAUCUAAUUUUCAAAACACUAUAGUGAAACCAUUCAGCAGGUGUUUACAUGCAUCAUAAUCAGAGCCCAUUACUAGUAAGAGGGCAACAUAUCACACUUUAACACAAGAUAUUCCAAUAUAAUUCCUGAUUUUAUUGUGAAACAUCAUUAGAUUUUCAAGAUGGGUUUAAAACCUCUAUGUUAUAGCACCAAUUUGAGAGAAUGCGCACGUUACUUGCCAUAUUUUAUGAAACGGUCAUUGUACAUUUAACUCUACUUUAUACCUACAUAAUUUAGUAGGCGCCUGUCAAAGACCAGAACUGUCCCUUCAGAUUAAAAAAGCACCUUUACAGAAGUUAUGUACUAUUGCACUAUCUACUCAGCAAUAGUAGUUACAUGCUUCACAUACUUUUGUUGAAUAAUAAAUUGAAUUGUUACAAAUCCCUGAUGCAAGGCACUUUUGAGCACCUGCAGGAACAUGUCCAUGUAAACAGCGAUACAUGAUACAGUACAUUUUAAAUAACAAAUGAACAAUUUCCAUACAUCUUUGACCAUAUAAUGAACAGCUUUACACUGAGGCUCACAAACAUGAUCAGAACCACAAUGCACAUUUUGUCUUGAUUUAAAAAGUUCUCUUAGGAUUAAGACAAACAACUGGGGAAGAGAACUGUAAACAUCAUGCCUGCCUCCCACUGAGCUUGCAGUGUGCUUCCUGUGUGUGUGAGAUCCAAAGUUAUUAGCAGGCUUAGGUUCUAUAUCACCUGGAUCCACUCAAUCCAUGAUGGCAACUGCCAAAGUGUGGAAGAAAGGAUAAAAUCUCUGGAAGUGUAAUAUCUAACCAGUCUGGAUUAAGAAGAUACAGUUUGUGCAUAUUUCAAGUAUACAAAGCACCUACUCUCAUAAGAUCACCAAAACAUUAAAUGUUUUGAUCAGCUUAUUGCUUUUACUUCAAGCCAUAUCUUCCCUUUUUAUUCAAAAGAGAAAGAAAGUGAUAUUUUAUACCCAAGCAUGGAAAACUCAUUUCACUCCCUGAAUAUUACAUUGGCCACAUAAGUCAAAGUUUGUCUAGAAACACAAACUAUUUAAGUACUUUAGAAGACCGUAUUUUCCAAGGUUGAUUUUAUAUUCACAUACUAGUUGCCCAUGGUUUUAACUUCACACCAUAAAUUAUUUUUUGGAGGGAGCAAGGAGGAGAAAUCCCCAUAAGCUCUUAGAGAUAGUUCUCAAUUCCUUCCUAUGUUGGAAAUGAACUGAACAGCUUAAGAAUUAUCCUCAGUCCUGUUCCAACCCCAUGCCAGUUUUCCCUUUUGGUGACAUGUGCAAAUAGUGUCUGCUCUUAGAAUUUCCAGAGAGUUCGGCCUCCCCAUUUUCUGCAAGGGUGCUGCUCUCUAAGCUCGCCAAUACUGAGGUAUUCUCUCUCCCCGCAUUUAGUGCUAUUGCUGCACUAUAAGGAGCUGCUCAGUGUAAACCAAGUGGGAAGUCAGAGACCAGCCAUGGAGGAGAGGGAGGGCACUUCAGCUCCACCUUAUUUCUUAAAGGGCGAAGUUGAUACUAGGCAGCCUUAUUAGAAGACAACUAAGCAGGAGUCUUCGAGCCCUGCCCCCACUCAAACUGGAUUCUCCUCCCCCCUUUACAAGGUGGGGGAGAUGAGGUCUCAAGUUUCUUAGAACUCCAGGUGCCAAAUGGCAAAUGAGCUGAAUGGGGAUGGAGCUUGGAAAGCAAAGUGGGAAACUCUCACUCAUGGCAGAGAACAGAAGGCAGGCCUUGAAAACACACAAUUCAUGUAGCUACACUGACUUUAAAAAA